CCACCGCAACUCGCAAUCACUAUAUAAUCAACAUCGCUUUUUUCUCCAGUUUUUAUUGGCUGCUUGAGUUUCAUUGGACGAAAAUUCUGGAUAUACCGGUACAUGUCUUCCUGAAGAAAUCGCGAAGCAAGCAUGUACAUGAUGAUGUAGAAAGUGGCCCGAAGUUUGUAUUUGUCAGGGAGGGACCUCGAGGAUUGAGGCGCUGCAUGGGCAAGGACGUCCGCUGCCAUGAGGGUUGUCCUCAAAAAGCUGGGCUUGAAACGCGGCAAGAAGAACGAAACCAAGGAGAGCCUUGAAGCACAGCGUCUGGCAGGAGGCCCGGGCAAUGUGGAAGAGAGCCAGUCGGGAGCAAUUGAAAGCGACUUGAAGGCGAGUUCUCCAGCACCAGAGAUGGAAGAACCUCAAGCUACUCCCCCCCAAGGCACCGUGCAGAACCAGUAUGGGGAGGUUUUCACAGAUGAAUUCCAGGGCCCCGACACUUCCUCCCUGACCGCAUUCCUGGUCUCGCUCCUUUCUUACACACCCGAACCCCCUGAGAGGCUCCGGCCCAGCCAGCCAGCCUCGCCCCGCUCCCCGGAAACCCCCCAAAGAAGGAGCUCUUUCAAAAAGACAGCUCUCGAAUAUGGGGAGCUUUCUCAAGGGGCGGGAACAACCGCACGGACGUCAGCUGAAAACCAGGAGCUCUACUCGCGGGUGCAUGAAACGGCGGUCCGUGCGCACGAAGCGGUUGCACGCGCAGAGGAGGCCAUCAGCACGAGCCGGGUGCGUCCUGACGGCCCAGGAGCCGCCUCUCAGGGGGGUCCCUCUGCCAUGGAAACUACCCUCCUGGAAGAAGAAUGUCCCACCCCCGCUGCUCGAGCGCACGAGGCGGCACUCCGAGCAAAGGCAACUGCGGCGAGAGCCGCACGAAGCGAGUCCCCGCCGGAAGAAACCGACUGGCAGGUCGUGAACGAGAAGGACGUCCCCAGCGGCACGGGGUUCUGGCACCCGUCUGAGAUCGGGGCCCGUUCGCACCACCACAUGCCGGGCAAGAUCAAGACUGUGGCCCAGCUGGUGAUACCGAGCAAGGUGGUCCCGAGGAGUGACAUCGAGCCCCCGAAGAAAAGUCCGCUGCGGAAGCCGCCUGAGCUGUCAGAGCCAUCGGUGAUGCUGACGGAAGGGACACGCUCGCUGCUGUGCACGGCACUCCCGGCACUGGCCAUGGGGCGGCAGUGGGUGCUUCUGUACAGCACUGAACGCCACGGCAUCUCGCUCCACACCCUGUAUAGAAACAGCACCAACGAUGGUGGAGCGACGCUGCUGGUGGUCCAGGACAGUCACGGCGCAAUUUUCGGGGGCUUCUCGUCGCAGCCAUACAACCCGUCCGUUCGUCACAAGUAUCAGGGCGGUAAUGACUCCUUCGUCUUCUCGGAGAAGAACGGGGAGGCGACCCUCUAUCGCUCCACUGGCGAGAACCGCUACUUUUUGCUCUGCACCAACGAGGGCCUAGCGUUUGGAGGAGGCGACCACUUUGCUCUGAGGAUCGACGAAGAACUGUUGCAUGGGAGCAGCGGCCCCUGUGCGACGUUCGGCAGCCCUUGCCUGGCCCACAGCGAGGAGUUUGACAUACGCUAUGUCGAGGUUUGGGGCUUUGCGCACGUCAGAAGGCUCAGCACUCCAAUCUAGAAAGCACUUGCCGGGGCCACGAUCCAUGUACAGUAAACCAAAAGGCCGCACUUUACUGCAGAGGAAAUACCUCCUUACUCCGCUUCAGUUUAGAUUGUUGUAAUGUUGACGCCUGCCGGAGAGUUCGGCGGCGCAUGAGAGAGCGUCACGUCCGCAACCUGGAUGUGCCGAUCCGUGUACAUGUUGGUUGUGCUUACUGAUUUGUUGCCGAGCUUUUAUAAGGACGGUCGUGACAUGCUUGCGGCCUGUCAAAGUUUUCUUAGUCUUCCUCCUUCAGCCACGCAUAAGUGGUGCUCAAACGUUUGCAUUGAUACGAUAGUACGGUGCAACGAGUCACGUAGUAUAUCCUGCCGAACCGAUACAAUUGUAAGACUAGUGCAUAUAUGCCAGUUGUACGUUCGUCCG